CUUAUCUAGUUGUGAAGAGUUCCGCAGCGAGCUCUGCGCCGCACAGGAAGGCGCGGAAGUUGAUAUGCUUACCGGGCUCAAGGGCAAGCUCCUAGUAACGGCGGCCAAUGUGACAGGGUCGUAUUCAGGCACCAUCUGCGACGCCGCGCACGCUGGGAUGGCACUGCGCGCGCCAAGCGGCGACAGCCCUAGUAGCGGUGUCGGCGCUGGCUCUGCCGCAAGCGCCAUAGUCCUACGCACCGCGCCAGGCCCGGUCGCAGGGGCGCCGCCCUCCCCUGCCGCAGCCGCAGCAGCUGCGGCAGCAGCCGCUGGCAGCGCUGCGCGCGCUGCCGCAGCCCAGCAUAUGGAGCGGCUUAGUGCCUGGAAAGACUCGCUUGUCGAGCGGCUUGGCCGCAGCUCCUCUCAGCCGGCCGUCCGCGUCAAUGGCGACGAAGACGACACCGAUCGAGCGGAUGCAAUGGCCGCCGGCGCGGCUGUAGCACUGUCGACAUCGCCGGCAGUAGCAGCGGGCGUGGCGCCGGGUGGACCCGCAGCGGCGGCCGUCGCGGCGCUGACGGCACUGCUGUCCAGAGGCCAGCAGGCGGCGAUGGGCGGCAGUAGCAGCACAGGGAACGCGGCCGCACUAGCUGCCAGGGCCAGCAGUAGCAGGGCCGGGGGACCAGGCUGUGACAGCAACGGUGACGUUGUCCGCAUCUCGCGCCUGCACUGGCGGUCGAGCCGGGGCGCCUCCUCUGGCACAGCUGCUGCCGGCGCUACUGCCGAUGGCGAUGCGGCACCCGCUGCUGCAGCCGCGCUGGCGGCUGGCAGUAGCAGCGCCGACGGCAUGCAGCAGCUAGAGCUUGAAGCAGUCCUCAGCGGAGGCGCCAGCACCACCGCCACCGCGGCAGCCACCCUCACGUCCGGCACCAGCACGAGCACCAGUGCCGCAAGCAACAUCCUGUCUGCACCGGCCGCCGCCCUGGCUGCCGUGGCACGCCGCGCGCGAAGCCUGCGCCUCGCCUCGAGUGCCUUCGGCGGCGCCUCCAGACCCUCCGGCUCGUCCGCCUCUGGCCCGCACUCCCCUCGGGGUGCUGCCGGCGCCUCCGCGCCUUCACCCGCCGCCGAGGCCGGCACAGCGGCGGCGGGGGCCGGGGGCGGCGGCGGCGGCGGCGAGGCGGGCGGACCGCGGCGCGGCCCCACACACCUCAUUGUGUUUGCCAAUGGUUUGUUUGGCUCGCCGUCCAACUGGAAUGUCAUCUGCGAGCAGCUGCAGCAGCGCCUGGACCCAGCAGACACACUGCUGCACCCCUCGCAGGUGAACCGGCGCACGGAUACGUACGACGGCAUUGACGUGUGCGGCGGCCGGCUGGCAGACGAGAUACGGGUGGUGGUGGCUGCCAACCCCAGCCUGACACGGAUAUCGGUGGUGGGGCACAGCAUGGGCGGGCUGCUGCUGCGCUACGCCAUCGGCCUCCUGUACAGCCCAUCCAGCGGCGCCAUAGCCGGCCUGGCGCCCGCGCACUACCUCAGCCUGGCCACCCCGCACUGCGGCUGCGACGGCGGCGAGUCGCUGGCGCAGCUGCCCUUCAUCGGCUGGGUGCCGCUACAGCCGGUGCAGAAGGUCCUGCAGGUGCUGUCGGUGCCCACGGCGGAGGUGCUGUUCCGACGCACAGGCCGCCAGUUCUUCCUGGCAGACGGGGCUGCUACCAGCGGCUCCGGCGCCGCUGGCGCCGGCGCCGGCGUUGCUGCUGCCGUACCAGGCGCUACAGGGCGCCGUGGCCUCCGCACCGCCGCCCCCUCCGCCACCUCCGCCGCCUCCUCCGCCACCGCCGCCGCCGCCUCCACCGCCACCGCUUCCGCGGACUUCAACGCGCCGCUGCUGUACCGGCUGACGUCGGACGACCUCGACCGCGGCGCCUUCUUCUACAGCGCCCUGGCCGCCUUCAGGAGCAGGACCGCCUACGCCAACACAGACGGCGACCACCUGGUGGGCUGGGCCAACAGCUCGUUGCGCUUCCUGCACCAGCUGCCGCGGCUGCCCUCCGCGGCGGCGGCGGCCAGGGGCGUGGUGCUGCAGGACCCGCUGCUCGCCGCGUUUGAUGUGCGGGCUAAACCCGACCCCGAGCCCCAGUCUGCCACCAGCGCCGCGGACGUGCCCGUUGAGCCCCCGCCCCUCGCGGCCACGGCAGCAGCAGCCGCAGCCGCUGGCAGUAGCAGCAGUAGCGCCAGUAGCGGCAGUAGCAGCAGCACCGCCACGGCUGCUGCUGCUGCUGCUGACGCCGCCACGCAGGCGGGGGAGGCGGCUCUGGCUGAGGUGAUGCUGCGGCGGCUGCAGCGGCUGCCCUGGCGGCGCAUCGACGUGUCGUUCGGCGGCGCCAAAUGGGGCCUGGCGCACAACAACAUACAGGUGACGCGGCGCUGGCUGAACUUCGAGGGAAUGGCGGUGGCGGCGCACGUGGCCGACCAGAUCGUGGCGUUGGAGCAGGCGCUGCAGCAGCAGGAGGCGGCACAGGCUGGGCGUCAGCUACUGGGGGCAACACCGGUUGGAGCAGCAGCAGCAGCAGCAGCAGCUCCAGCUCCCGCCGGAGCCACUACCGCCGUGACUACCGCCACCGCCGCAGCGGCUGUAGCAGGCCGAAGCGACGCUAACACCACCAACAGCAGCAGCGCGCUUGGAACUCCGACAGUAUUAGCGCGUGUGGCGUCGCUGCCCGCAGCAGGCGGCAUGGCUGCCGUACCGGCGGGCGGCGCCGCACCGGCAGCCGCCGCAGCAGCAGCGGCAGCAGCAGCCCCGCUGGCUGCAGGACUGACAGGAGCGCCGCAUCCCGAGUGGCGCACGCAGCAGCCGCUGCUGACCGCGGCGGCGGCGGCGGCGGCGGAUGCAAUGACGCUGCCGGAGGAGGCAGCGAUCGAAGCGGCGGCAGAGUAGGCCGAAGCGGCGGAAGCGGAACUCGCAAGGAUAGUUGCGGCAAUUGAGGAGCAGGCGGCGUGGAGCAGGCGGGCUAGCGAUGUGUGGGCGGUUGUGAAUGCGGCAUUGCAUGGCUAUGGGGUAGUACGGUAGUUAUGCAGGCGGGCGAUAGGUGACUAGGUGAGCCAGGCAGCUUAUGCAGGAUGGGCGGGUUAGCAUAUGGAUGGCAGAUGUGUGUCGGUGAAUGUGGCUGGGCCAGGGGCCCCUCGCGUGGCAGCGCGUAGUGCCCGGGUUUGUUGCCGCUCCUGGGCCCACCCAAGCGAGCGUUAAGUGCCC